AUGACAACAACAACGUCAACAUCCAUGACAACAACAACAACAUCAACGACAACGACAACAUCAACGACAACGACAACAUCAAUGACGACAACAACAAGUAAUGGACCGUUCGCAAUCGUUGUUGGUGAUUUCAAUCAGGAUAAUAUACUGGAUAUUGCGGCUGCCAUUGAACUUAGUGCCAAUGUAGCUAUACUAUUUGGUCGUGGAAAUGGGUCUUUUGCAGGUCUAAUGACGUUUACAGUUGGAACUAAUCCUUAUGGGAUCACUAGCGGUGAUUUUAACAACGAUUCUCGAUUGGAUCUCGCUGUUACCAAUUUUGAUAGUAACUCUGUCGGCAUACUUCUUGGAUAUGGCAAUGGCACCUUUGCAUCGCAAAUGACAUUUUCAACAGGAAGUGGAACGAAUCCACACUCGGUCGCUGUCGCCGAUUUCAAUAGUGACAAUAAACUUGAUAUAGUUGUUGCUAAUUAUGGUGGUAGUGGGAGCAUAUCGGUGCUACUCGGAUAUGGUAACGGAUCUUUCGCAACAGCAAUCAGGCUUUCAGCUGGUUCUCAGCCAUAUACGAUCACCACUGGAGAUUUCAACGGCGACAGUCGACCAGAUAUCGCUGUUGCAAAUGCAGGCACUCCAAGUGUAGGCAUCUUUUUAAAUACGUGUUCAUGUUGUUAA